UUUAGGUUGUCUAUUUCUUCCCUUUUUUAGGCUCUUCAAUUCUUUGGGGUAUCAGAUUUACUGACUCCGUGAAGACAAAUGAUAUCUAGUGAGCUGAUCUUUGGUGUGGCCUUCUUUUUACAAUGUGCCAUUGGUAUUGUAGGGAAUUCAUUGCUGCUUGUCCUUUAUGUUUGUAUCGCCUUCAAAAAGCCUCAAGAAAAGAAGCCCAUUGAUUUGAUUCUUGCUCAUUUGACUGUGGCCAAUAUGGCAACACUUUUUACCAGAGGUAUUCCAGAAAUCAUGUUUUGUUUUGGGAUGAGAAAUGUUUUGAAUGAUUUGGGGUGUAAAGUAGUCUUCUACAUUUAUAGAAUUUCACGGGGAUUUUCUGUAUGCACAACAAGCCUUCUGAGCAUGUUCCAGGCCAUCAUCAUCAGUCCCAACAACUCUGUGUGGGCAAGGAUCAAAGUCAAAGCCCACAAAUACAUUUUACAUUGUUUCCUCUUUUUCUGUGUAACAAAUGCAUUGAUAUAUAUCAGGGUCAUUGAAUACAAUGAAGCAAUAAAAAAUGACAAUAUUUCCAGGUAUGAGUAUAUAUCACAUAUUUUCGGGGUAAGACCAUUAAAUGAGACCAAAGCUACAGCUGCAUUUUUGUUUGGUUUGACUGUUCAUGACAUUAUCUAUCAUUUGCUUAUGGCAUUUUCCAGUACCCACAUGGUGCUUCUCCUCUAUAGACAUAGCAAGCAAGUGCAGCACAUUUAUAGCAAUAGCAAUUCCUCUAGAUCCUUCCCUGAAAUCAAGGCCACUCAGACCAUUCUCUUGCUUGUGAGCUGUUUUGUUUUAUUCUACUGGAUCAACAACUGUUGCACCUUAUAUGUGGCAUAUAGUUUUGAAAAUAGAGUUGAGGUGGAAACAAUGGGAGCAUUUUUUGGUGGAUGUUACCCUGCCCUCUCUCCCUUAUUGCUGAUUGGCAGUGAUAAUCGUAUUGGAAAACUUCAUUUUAUACCUGGGAAGGAGAAGAGGCAUCACAAGGAUUUCAUGAAUGGAUUAGUCAAUUAUUGAUUCUAAUCUCCCCUCAAUACUUCAUGUGUUAUGGUUUUCCAGUCAAAGAAAAAAUAUAGAUUAU